AUGCUAGGCCGCUCAUCCUCUGUUAAAAACAACCAAAAAGCACAUAGUCGAGAUUCAUCCGGCGCUUCCUCCCAGUCCGCCAUCGAAGCUCUCGAAGCGAUCAAAGCACAAGAUGAGAAGAACCACGUACCAGGCGACGCAGGCGCGCCAAGACCCGACGCGAAGGAGAAGGAGAAGGAGAGGGAUAAAGUCGGAGCACCAAACUUCUCGGCCAUUAUUUUGACGAACAAUUUUCGGAAGUUUUCGCAGAGGAUCGACCCGAUAUUCAAUACGCAGGAUCGGAUCAAGAAGAUCUUGGAGUGGGAGGAUACGCGGGAGACGUUGUCUUGUUUGAUUAUGUAUUCGCUGUUGUGUCUUAACCCGCAUCUCAUCCCGGCCAUCCCGCUUUGUGUGGUCUUGUUCGGGCUGUUGAUUCCGGCAUAUACGCAACAUCACCGCGUGCUACCUACAGAAGCCGGUACGAUCCAACCUGCUCCGCGUCCAAACAAGGAGCUGUCGAGAGACUUUCUUCUGAAUAUGCGCGAUAUCCAAAACUCGAUGGAUGACUAUACGACGCUUUACGACACACUCACGACACAUAUAACCGCCUUUACGGCCGAGCGCGUCGCAGGCGAACUCGUGUUUCUCCUUACACUUGGUCUGUUCGCACUUGUGUUCUGUGGCAAAUAUGUGCCGUGGAGGUUUGUGUUCUUGGGAGCGGGAUGGAUUGUCGUCAUGAGCAAGCACCCAGAUAACAUACUUCCACCACCAGCGGAGCAAGGCAUGGACCUCGAAGAAAAGAUCCUGCGACACCGGUACAUCGAGCUCGACGUCAUCGAACCAAACCCAGUCCUCAAAACCGUCGAGGUCUACGAGCUACAACGUGCUCCAUCCGAGUCAUCCUCGAAUUUCUUCACUGGGUCCGGAGAGCUCAAGUCGACUUUCUUACCGAAUUUGGACAGUGGGCCUGGACAGGGUACGGGGAGACUGGAGAAUAUUGAGCCGCCCCCGGGGUGGACGUGGGGUGAUGCUGGGGGUGGAUGGAAGGUUGAGAAGAUGGGGUAUGUGAGGGAUAAGGAGGGGUGGGUUGAGGAGGAGGGGAAGAGGUGGAGGAAGUUGACGAGGAUUGUGAUGAAGGUUUGA